UUAAGGAAAGGCAGUAGCUUACAUAGUAGCAAGCCAGUCCUGCCUCCCCUGGCUGUUCUGGGUUAGAGCCGGGAUAGUGGAAGGAGCGAGGAGCAGCCGCUGGAGUGAGUUUGUGUGUGGGGGAGCAGGCCUGAGACCGAGCAGAACAUCCUCAUGCAUCUGUGCCCUCGGAAGGACCCCCCUACCCCACCCCUGAUCCGUUGCCCUCAGCUUCCGCCCCCUGGCUCUGGCUCUUGGACACAAGAUGGCCAUUCUUAAAGACUGAGCUCAGGAUCUGUAAAAAGAAAGUUGGGAAGUAGCUGGAUGAACUUGGUCACGAUGAGUAGAUAACAGUGUCCCAACUGACCAUGGCCCCCUGGAAGAGGAGUCGUCAUGGCCUGGGCUUUCUCUGUUGUUUUGGGGGCAAUGACAUCCCCGAGAUCAACCUCCGGGAGAACCACCCACUGCAAUUCAUGGAAUUCUCCACCCCCAUCCCACCUGCAGAGGAGCUCAAUGCCCGCUUUGCAGAGCUUGUGGAUAAUCUGGAGUUUCGAUUACAUCUGCGAUAUGAGUUCCUAAUGUUGGGAAUACAGCCUGUGAUUGACAAACUUCGGAGGCAUGAGAACGCCACACUGGACAAGCAUUUAGACUUCUUUGAGAUGGUCCGAAAUGAGGAUGACUUGGAAUUAGCCAGAAGGUUUGACAUGGUACACAUUGAUACCAAGAGUGCAUCACAGAUGUUUGACCUGAUCCAUAGGAAGCUGAAACACACAGAAGCAUAUCCCUACCUGCUCUCUAUGCUGCAGCACUGUUUACAGUUGCCUUAUAAACGGAAUGGUGGGAGCAUCUAUCAUUGGCAGCUCCUUGAUCGGAUCCUCCAGCAGAUCGUCCUACAGGAUGAGAGGGGCGUGGACCCUGAUUUGGCACCCCUGGAGAACUUCAACGUCAAAAAUAUCAUCAAGAUGCUAGUCAAUGAAAAUGAGGUGAAUCAAUGGCGAGAACAGGCUGAGAAAUUCCGAAAAGAGCACGCAGAACUGGUGAGUCGGUUAGAACGGAAGGAGAGAGAAUGUGAGACAAAAACUAUGGAGAAGGAUGAGAUGAUGAAGACUCUGAACAAGAUGAAGGACAAGCUGGCCCGAGAGUCCCAGGAACUACGUCAAGCCCGGGGACAGUUGGCAGAUUUGGUAGCUCAGCUUAGGGAGUUCUCGUCCACUGGUACUGUGUCUUCUCCACCCCCUCCAGGAGGACCCCUUUCACUUCCCUCCAUGACCUCCAUUGACUUGCCUCCACCCCCGCCUCCUUUGCCUUUCUCCCCACCCCCACCCCCACCUCCUCCACCAGGUGGGCCUCCCCCUCCUCCAGGGGCACCCCCUUGCUUUGGCAUGGGGAUGUCCACUCCUCUAGCCUCUCUCCCUAGCAGCUGCCCACCCCUCAGGAAGAAAUCUAUUCCACAGCCUUCCCAUCCUCUGAAGUCUUUCAACUGGGUAAAGUUGAAUGAGGAACGAAUCUCUGAUACUGUGUGGAAUGAGAUUGAUGAUCUUCGAGUAUUUCAGGUCUUGGACCUGGAGGACUUAGAAAAAAUGUUCUCAGCUUAUCAGAGGCAUCAGAAAGAGAUGGGCUCCACUGAAGACCUCUACCUGACCACAAGAAAGGUCAAAGAACUCUCAGUCAUUGAUGGCCGAAGAGCUCAAAACUGCAUCAUCCUCCUUUCCAAAUUGAAGCUCUCUAAUGAGGAAAUCCGACGAGCCGUCCUCAAGAUGGAUGAGGAGGAGGACCUGGCUAAAGACAUGUUGGAACAGCUUCUCAAAUUCAUCCCUGAGAAGAGUGAUGUUGACCUGUUGGAGGAACACAAGCAUGAGAUAGAUCGAAUGGCCCGGGCUGACCGUUUCCUCUAUGAGAUGAGCAGGAUUGAUCACUACCAGCAGCGUCUACAGGCUCUCUUUUUUAAGAAAAAGUUUCAAGAGAGGUUGGCAGAAACCAAACCUAAAGUAGAAGCCCUCCUGCUGGCCUCCAGGGAGCUGACACGCAGUCGUCAAUUAAAGCGGCUCCUGGAAGUCGUCCUCGCCAUCGGCAACUACAUGAACAAGGGUCAACGAGGGGGAGCUUAUGGCUUCCGAGUCUCCAGCCUCAACAAGAUCGCCGACACCAAGUCCAGUAUUGACAGGAACAUCUCAUUGCUCCAUUACCUAAUCAUGAUUUUGGAAAAGAAUUUCCCAGACAUCCUGAACAUGCCUGCUGAGCUUCAGCAUCUCCCCGAGGCUGCUAAAGUCAAUCUGUCAGAGCUAGAGAAGGAGAUAAACAACAUCAGAAAAGGGCUGAGAGCUGUGGAAGUGGAGCUAGAAUAUCAGAAGCACCAGAAAAGGGAGACGGGCGAUAAGUUCAUCCCAAUCAUGAGUGACUUCAUCACUGUUGCCAGCUUCAGUUUCUCAGAGCUAGAAGAUCAGCUCAAUGAGGCCAGGGAUAAGUUUGCCAGGGCACUGAAGCACUUUGGAGAACCUGAGGGCAAGAUGCAACCAGAUGAGUUUUUUGGCAUCUUUGACACCUUCCUACAGGCCUUCUCUGAGGCCCAACAGGAUCUAGACACCAUGAGGCGAAAGAAGGAAGAGGAGGAGAGACGGGCACGAAUGGAAGCCAUGCUGAAGGAACAGCGGGAGCGGGAGCGAAGACAGCGAAAGGCAGCUGUUGGUGUCAGCUCCUUGGAGGAGGGCGGAGAGUUUGAUGACCUGGUGUCUGCUCUGCGCUCAGGUGAAGUCUUUGACAAGGACUUGUCCAAGCUCAAAAGAAGCCGCAAGCGGUCAGGGACCCAAAUGCCGGAAAUAAGCCGGGAGCGGGCAGUGAACAAGCUAAAUUAUUGACUUGGAGACUUUGGCGGCAGAAAGAGGAUGACUUCUGCUCAAGGAAACUGAGAGAGGAUGAAAAGGGGCAAAGUAGGGGGUUGCCUAAUUAGGUGAUUAAGCUGAAUUUGGGGCAAGUGGUGUGUGGCUGGCCCAAGUAUGUCCCCCUUACUUCAGGGGCUUUCUUUUAGUCCCUUUCUUGUGUCCUGCCCUCCAUUCUGUUGUGGCUGACUCCUGCUCCAAAAGCAUCUCCAGUUAUGUCUAUUGUUACUCAGCCAGAGGUCCUGGGACUUCCCAGGAAUGCCUAGAAGUUGUGCUGAGGAUCCACAGCCCCACCUAGGAACCCGCGUGUUGGCAUAGAAUGGCUCUAGCAUCUCAAAGAUCAGCUCUGAGCCCCCACUGAAGGCAAAACAAGAUGUUUCACUGACAGGGUAGUAGGAGCAGGGCAUUUGCUUUGUAUGGCCUCUGAGAGCUUUUUAAAGCACAUAGUCUUCUCAGCCUUGGUACUGAUGCCCCUUUCUCUGGAGCAUCUAGGUCAGGGACAGGUCUGGUUGCGAAUCUGAAGACAAAAUGUUCUACUUGGAUGAAAGAGAAAAAGGAAAAAAAAGAAUUUCUGGAAGCUGCCAAAACACAAACAAGUUUUUAAAACAUCUUCUCUAAGAGUGCAUUUGGAUUAUGCUUAUCUAAGGGGUGGAAUGGAAAGACAAAUGGAGGGAAGUAUGUAAGUGUGGCCAAAGCAAAAAAAAAAAGAAAAAGAAAAAAAGAAAAGUGGUUCAAGGAGAAGGAAGACAGUCUAGAUCAGGUACAAGCUGAAGAAUAGAGUUAUUUUCCUCAACAGACUUUUGGUAUAGAAGAGAGACUUAAUAUGGCUAGAAAAUGCCUGAGCCCCUAUCUUACCUUCAGUGAAACAUUAAUUUUAUAACCUAAGUCAGGGACUUGGGCUUAUGUAUGAACUCUAUUCCCUACCCUCAGAAUGGAAUCUGGCCUGCCACAGUUCCUUCUCCCUUUUCUUGGAGGGGAAUGAUUUGGGAUCAGCUGCCUGGGCCUCUUUCCAAACCCCACCCCUCUCUUCUGGAACACAAACCCUUGACACCCUGCCCUCUCUGCCGACACCUCCGCCUCGCCCCCCACCACACACAUGCUCCCAUUCAAAUGUACAUAUACCCACUGACCAUUGUCCUGGAGACAUGGAAUAUGUGGGCUCUCUGUCAGGAGCCCAGAAAACACCAGCACCUCAGCCCUCAGUUGUUUUUUUUCCGGCUCUCUUAAAAAAUCUUCUUUUCUCACAGCCUCAUUUCCUUCAGAUUCUGCUUAAUUUCCAAUGCAUGCUUGUCUCAUAAAAGUGGGCGCAACCAGUCCCUUCUCCACCCUGGCCAUCCAGGCCUUACCUAUCUUGGGGAAAAUCUUGGGGUUCAUGGGAGGGGUGGAGAGCCAUUUAGAAGAAAAUUAUCUCUUCCCUCAGCUGGAGUGAACCAUCAAUGGGGAUGGAUGAGACAAGUCAUUUCUCCACAGCUUUCAAGAGAUGGUCACAUAUUGAAAAACUGUACCCUGCAAAUCAGGCCCAAUAUAGCCAGUCCGUGUUUACAUAUCUCCAGUGAGGGAUUUACCAUUUAGGACCAGUGGGCCAAGCUCAGACCUAAGAACAGGAGGGUUGUGGAUUCAAAGAACUGUGAGUGACCAUAGUGACUCGCUUCAAAAAGUGGUCACAAAGGGCAGAGAGCUUGGAGCCAAGAGGUGGGUAUGGCCUCUAGCUACUUACCUUCCAAAUCUGUUCCCUACUUCCCAGCUGCUGAAAUAGGUAGCCCUGCUAGAAAGUAGGAUAGCUAGGGGGACAGGUUGACAAGAUGACCUGCUGGUAUCUCCCUUCCAGCUCUAGAGGUUCUUUUCCAUUCUCCAUCCCCCAUGAUCUUAACCCUCAUCUUACACUGUCCUUUGAGCAGCUCCCCGAUGCCCUGCCCUCUAAUUCCUGAUCUAUAAGGAAUCAGGAAGACCAGACGUAUCAUGACCAUGGCAAAGGAAAGAAGUCUCUAAUUUGCAGUGGACUUUCCCCAUUCGUUUAUCAUGAUCUUAAGCCUUUAAGUGCCUUCUACUUGGAGUUACUACCAGAUUCCCUUCGUGUCUCUAUAAUAUUUGUUCUCUCUAACUCUCCCUUCUCAGGGCGGCCUGAGCUCUCCAGCUGCCAUUCUUCUGACUUCAUCUCAGAUUAAAUUCUUUGGGAAGGGGAGAGGGGCAGUGAGUAUCCUGGGUGAUCAAGGUGAUUAAAGGCAAGGUGAUUAAAGAGCCUUGUCUGUGAGAAAGGAGAGGGGAGGCCGAACUGCCCCCUGAAGAGCAUGUGCUCAGCCUGUGUUAUGUGUGAGUUGGGCUGGAGGAAAUGGCUGAGGGAAUGGGGUGAUGUUUUCACCCAAGUGUAGGAUGGACAGGGUCAAAGACAGGAAAGAGGGAAGAGCCCAGUUGUUUGGACUGGGGAUGUUGGGGAGGGAUGUGAUUGUCGUUGUUGUCCUCUGGAGUUCUGACUAAAAGCUCUCUCUCUCUCACAGACACUCCCUAGGCCCCAGGAGGCAUUGGGAAGGAUUUCAGCCACAUUUGUCCAAGGAGCUAAUGGGAUGGAAAGUUGGGAUAUUGGGAAAGGUAUUAAUUUGACCAAUUUAGUAGGACUUUUCUCUGUCCUGGUGUACACCCAUGAUGUAAACCACUUCUUUCCCCCUUCUCCUCCCAAGCCAUAAAGCAAACAGUGCUAGUACCCCUUCCCCCUGCCCCUACAACAUAGUCCCACUCCAUAGAGGGUGGCAAGCAGUAGGGCAGUCUAGCCAUAGCAUGUGUUUCUUUCUCCUGGCAUCCCCUUUGUACUGCCACAGAAAAGUCCCAGAUUCUGACAUCUGGAGAUACCUGGUAGCAAUUGUGCCUUUCUGUCCAGGAGUACGUGGCACAUGCAGUUUUGUUUAGUCUGUUUCUAUUUUAGAUAAGGCCCAUCACCCCUGGGAGCCCAAUUUCUAUUUAUUGUUCCCUAGUUCCUGCUGGCCCAUAGGGCCAAUGGGGGCAGUGGAGGCUGCUUGGCAAGACUAAACUCCCCAUCAUCACCCCCAACAGACAGACUGAAGAGGCUGGCCCAGUGAGAAUUGGGGGUGAGGGGAGCCACUGAUAGAUGCCCCAUUGAGUCUGGGUCGAUCUGGUACCUGGUGUACUGCCUUGUUUUAAUCUCUUACAAACCAUUGAGUUUUGUCCUUUGCCCUUCUCCCUCUGGUCUGCCUUUUCUUGGGGUACAUUUUCCCCACUGUCUAAUUUUACAUCAGAUGCAGAAUUCAUGUUUGAUGUAAUGCAACCUCCCUUCCCUGCCCUCCCCCAGUACCCUCGAACUUUCCCCUACCCCCAAGGAAGAAUGCAGACCCGACCUACCCUUGGCUUCCAUCUCCAUCUCCCACAUGAGGAAGCUGGCUGGAGGAGGAAUCUAAGGCAGGGGUGGGAGGGGGUAAAUGUAUCUCCUCCUUUUGUCAGUCUUUUCCAAACCCCCAAGCUGGGGCUGUCCCUUUCCAUCAGUCACACCUCAGUGGCACUGUCACAUUCACCAGCUAUCUCAGACAAUGAGUCUAAUGUACAAAAUCUGUAGUGUCCUUUUUAUUCGCACCUUUUUUUUUUAUAAGAAUAUACUGUAAUACUAAAAAUAUUAAAUCCGUACAGCCCCA